CCCCGCCCACCGGAGUGGGGCCUGGGGCGGCGGCGGCUGCAGCAGCCAUGUCACGGCCAGGCCAGGGCGUGAUGGUGCCCGUGUCCGGGCUGGGCUUCCCCCCGCAGAACGUGGCCCGGGUGGUGGUGUGGGAGUGGCUGAAUGAGUACAGCCGCUGGCGACCCUACACGGCCACCGUGUGCCACCACAUCGAGAAUGUCCUCAAGGAGGAUGCCCGGGGCUCCGUGGUCCUGGGGCAGGUGGACGCCCAGCUGGUGCCCUACAUCAUUGACCUGCAGUCCAUGCACCAGUUUCGCCAGGACACAGGGACCAUGCGGCCGGUGCGGCGCAACUUCUACGACCCGUCGUCGGCGCCGGGCAAGGGCAUCGUGUGGGAGUGGGAGAGCGACGGCGGCGCGUGGACGGCCUACGACAUGGACAUCUGCAUCACCAUCCAGAACGCCUACGAGAAGCAGCACCCGUGGCUCGACCUCUCGUCGCUCGGCUUCUGCUACCUCAUCUACUUCAACAGCAUGUCCCAGAUGAACCGCCAGACGCGCCGCCGCCGCCGCCUGCGCCGCCGCCUCGACCUGGCCUACCCGCUCACCGUCGGCUCCAUCCCCAAGUCGCAGUCGUGGCCCGUGGGCGCCAGCUCGGGCCAGCCCUGCUCGUGCCAGCAGUGCCUGCUGGUCAACAGCACGCGCGCCGCCUCCAACGCCAUCCUGGCCUCGCAGCGCCGCAAGGCGCCCCCAGCGCCCCCAGCGCCCCCGCCGCCGCCGCCGCCGCCCGGAGGGCCUCCAGGCGCGCUCGCCGUGCGCCCCAGCGCCACCUUCGCGGGCGCCGCACUCUGGGCCGCGCCCGCCACCGGGCCCGCCGAGCCCGCCCCGCAGCCCGCGGGCCCGCAGCGCAGCCCGAGCGCCCCCAGCGGUGCACCUGCUCCGGGGCAGAACAACCUCAACCGGCCAGGGCCCCAGCGCUCCAGCGGCGUGAGCGCGCGCGCCUCCAUCCCGCCGGGGGUCCCCGCGCUCCCGGUGAAGAACUUGAACGGUACGGGGCCGGUGCACCCGGCGCUGGCAGGCAUGACCGGGAUCCUGCUGUGCGCCGCGGGGCUGCCCGUGUGCCUGACGCGGGCGCCCAAGCCCAUCCUGCACCCGCCGCCCGUGAGCAAGAGCGACGUGAAGCCGGUGCCCGGCGUGCCGGGCGUGUGCCGCAAGACCAAGAAGAAGCACCUCAGGAAGAGCAAGAAUCCCGAGGACGUGGUGCGCAGGUACAUGGAGAAGGUCAAGAGCCCGCCCGACGAGGACUGCACCAUCUGCAUGGAGCGGCUGGUGACGGCCUCGGGCUACGAGGGCGUGCUGCGGCACAAGGGCGUGCGGCCGGAGCUCGUGGGCCGCCUGGGCCGCUGCGGCCACAUGUACCACCUGCUGUGCCUCGUGGCCAUGUACAGCAACGGCAACAAGGACGGCAGCCUGCAGUGCCCCACGUGCAAGGCCAUCUACGGCGAGAAGACGGGCACGCAGCCGCCGGGGAAGAUGGAGUUCCACCUCAUCCCCCACUCGCUGCCGGGCUUCGCCGACACCCAGACCAUCCGCAUCGUCUACGACAUCCCCACGGGCAUCCAGGGCCCUGAGCACCCCAACCCCGGAAAGAAGUUCACAGCCAGAGGCUUCCCGCGCCACUGCUAUCUGCCCAACAACGAGAAGGGGCGCAAGGUCUUGCGGCUGCUCAUCACCGCCUGGGAGCGCCGGCUCAUCUUCACCAUCGGCACGUCCAACACCACGGGCGAGUCGGACACCGUGGUGUGGAACGAGAUCCACCACAAGACCGAGUUCGGCUCCAACCUCACGGGCCACGGCUACCCGGACGCUAGCUACCUGGACAACGUGCUGGCCGAGCUGACGGCCCAGGGCGUGUCGGAGGCUGCCGCCAAGGCCUGAGGCCCCAGGCGGCCUGCCUGCCCUCCUGCUUCGCCCCCGGCCCGGCUCAGGGCGGGGGAGCAGCCUGCAGAAGCCGUAGGAACGCUCAUGACGCGCGGGGACACGCGGGGACGGCAGGGGAGGUCGGGCCGCAGAGAGUUCCAGAAGCCACAGCAACCUCCCUGCUGGGGGGACAGCGUCCCACCCCCUCACACACGCGCACGCACACCCACGUGCCUCGAUGGACCCCCAAGCUGGGGGCGAAGACAGACCCCCCCCGGAUACCCAGGGGUUCUCAUCUCUGUCCUGACUUGGCGCCUGCGUGGCUUCCCGGGAGGGAAACUGAGAUUUGGGGAGCCCGGCCCAUCCCUCCCCCCCAGCCACCUCCGCACGGCGGGGGGCGGGGCGAGGCCUCCUGCUGUGCACGUGUCUUCUUCUGUCUGGGACCCUGACUCCACUCCCAUCACCAGGCCUUAUUCCGCCCCAGGUAAGGGCACCUGCUCUCCCCCCCCACCCCCUCCUCCAGCCGCAGCGGCCAGAGGAGGGGCCCACUUUAGGCCAGAGCGGACGGCGAAGGGUCAACCUCCCUCUCCUUGGGAGUGGGCAGCGGGGUGGCUGAUGGUCUGCGGCCAACCAGGGGCCUGUUGCCCCGGCAACUCACCAGCUCCGCCUCUGUCGAUUGGCUGCCAAGAUUUAAAGGGACGCCAGCGACUACUCUCUUGAAA